UGCAGAGUCCUCUCCCUCCCUCUCUUCCCUUCCUCUCUCUCUCUCUCUCUCCCUCCCUCCCCAUUAUUUAUCCCAUACAUACUGCUAGCCCAAGUAUACACUCUUCUCACUCCCUUCCCCCUUCUCUCUCUCUCUCUCUCUCUAAAACCCUAAUCAUUCAAAUCCCUCUCAUCUCUCGCCUCUAUCUCUCUCUCUCGCGCGCGCGCGCUCUGCAAUCCUUCGAUCUUUCACUUCGAUCUGCUCCAAUCACUUCCACCUCGAGAUCUCUGCCUUUCCGAUUCUAGGGUUUGGGGAUGGUCGAUUAAGGCUGGCGGUUGAUCCCCUCCGCUAAAUGGCGGAUCCGCCUGGAGCUGCUGACAGAGCUGGUGGUGGUAUCCUUGAAUCUUCCGACCCAGCGCGCUGCGGAGACGACCUCGAGAACUGAAGCAUGCUGAGCGUGGUGCGCGUCCAUUUGCCCUCCGAUAUCCCGAUUGUAGGCUGCGAGCUGACUCCCUACGUCCUCCUCCGCCGCCCUGACAAGUCUGUCACCACCGAUGACGUCCCCGACUCCGCCCCUCUCGAUGGCCACUUCAUGAGAUACAAGUGGUAUCGAAUACAGAGUGAUAAGAAAGUUGUGGUCUGUAGUGUUCACCCGUCUGAGCCGGCCACGCUGCAGUGUUUAGGCUGCGUGAAGGUCAAAUUACCUGCUGCCAAGAGUUACCAUUGUUCUCCUAAGUGCUUCUCAGAUGCAUGGCAGCAUCAUCGUGCACUACAUGAACGUGCUGCUAGUGCUGUAAAUGAAAAUGGGAACGAGGAUGAGGAGUUGUUGGGACGGUUUAGUAGUUCAGGAUCAGGUGUCUUCAAUGUUAGUUUAUCUGGUUCUGGGUCAAGCGCCAGUCUCACCAACGGGUCAACACCUUUAUAUCCUGCAACAGUUACACAGAGGAGUGGUGGUGAAAUUUUAUAUGAAGUGGGCAGGUCUAAAACUUAUACACCAACAACUGAAGAUACAGGCCAUGUUUUGAAGUUCGAGUGUGUUGUUAUUGAUGCGGCAACAAAACUGCCUGUAGGACCUGUCAGCACACUACUAACUUCUCGUGUUAUACCAGCUCCCUCACCUAGUCCACGAAGAUUGAUCCCAGUUGGUGUUGAUGUGAUUGGACACUUGGAUGCUGAUGGUCGUAUUUCAUCUGCUGGGACCUUUUCUGUGCUGUCAUACAAUAUAUUGUCUGAUGUCUGUGCUACCAAUGAGACGUACAGUUACUGCCCCUCUUGGGCUCUUUCUUGGCCUUACCGAAGGCAGAAUCUGCUGCGUGAAAUAGUUGGUUACUGUGCAGAUAUUGUUUGUCUUCAGGAGGUCCAAAAUGACCAUUUUGAGGAGUUUUUUGCCCCUGAACUGGAGAAACAUGGUUAUCAUGCUCUAUAUAAGAGAAAAACAACCGAGGUUUACAGUGGGAAUAUCAUUACUAUAGAUGGCUGUGCUACCUUUUUUCGGCGAGACAGAUUUGCUCAUGUCAAAAAAUAUGAGGUUGAAUUCAACAAGGCUGCACAAUCUCUAACAGAAGCUUUACUUCCAAGUACACAGAAGAAAACUGCUUUGACUAGAUUGGUUAAGGAUAAUAUUGCCCUUAUAGCUGUUCUGGAAGCAAAAUUUAGCAACCACGGAGGUGAUAAUCCAGGAAAACGGCAGCUCCUUUGUGUGGCCAAUACACAUGUUAACGUCCAUCAUGAUCUGAAGGAUGUGAAGCUUUGGCAGGUUCAUACUCUUUUGAAAGGAUUGGAAAAGAUUGCUGCCAGUGCAGACAUUCCCAUGAUUGUUUGUGGGGACUUCAAUUCAGUUCCUGCAAGCUCUACUCAUUCACUUCUAGCCAUGGGAAAGGUUGACCCAUUGCAUCCCGAUUUAUCCAUCGACCCACUUGGGAUAUUGCGCCCAGCUAGCAAGCUGGUUCAUCAAUUGCCACUGGUCAGUGCUUAUUCGGCCUUCGCAAGAGCUAUUGGUCUUGGUUUGGAGCGGCAGAGGAGAAGAAUGGACCCCACUACAAACGAACCCUUGUUCACCAAUUGUACCAGAGAUUUUAUUGGGACCCUAGAUUACAUAUUCUAUACAGCGGACACUUUAACGGUGGAGUCUCUGUUGGAGCUCUUGGAUGAGGAUAGCUUGAGGAAAGACACAGCUCUUCCUUCUCCAGAGUGGUCAUCUGAUCAUAUAGCACUCUUAGCUGAAUUUCGCUGCAAGCCUAGACCUAGACGUUGACAAUUUAGAAUUCAGUUCACUAUAGGUCAUGGCUGGAUAUACCUAAAUGGAAAAGAGAGGAUUCAGACCAGAUGGCUUGCAUUGUAAGAAUGGUGUAAAUGCGAGAAUCGCCCGUUGGUUUCCCAGGUAUUUUGGCAUAUGGGAAUCCCUUAUGCUGCUAUGAUCUGCUUUGUAUAAUGCCACCUUUUGUCGUAUAGGAAAAGCUUCCGGCCAUAGGGAUGCCUCACCUUUUCUUCUACCCUAGAUUUUUUCCCCCCCUUGAUUACAUCGAUAGGGUAUUUGUUUGGCGAAUGUAUGAAUGUCCACUAGCUCGAUACGAACUAAAGCCUUCACUUCAAUGUACUCGAAAUUCCAGGCAAAGAGCAGAGUGGUUUGAUAUCUGUGAAACCUGAAUGCAUUCUUUCUUUGAGAAUUGCCA